UUAGCACGCAGUAGUCUCAUUCUGACAGACAGGGAAAUGUUGGCUGCGUUUACUCCAACCUUCAUUAUUGUCAGUUAUAAUCCGAGGUAAAUACUCUCAGUAGAUAGCACCCAGUCAUCUGAUUGGACCAAUAGAGUAUUCUGGAUCAAUUCGACAGUAUCAUCUCUCCUAAAGCAUGUUUAAGUGGUAGCUCUCCGAGCAGCGUUUCCAUGCAACAGCGCAGGCGGCUGUGAAGCCACGAAGCACACAGAGGGAUAGAUGCUGUUGGCUCUGUAGAUCUGUCAGGGCUCUGUGAAGGAACCCCGUGCGCCUUUUAAAAGCCAAUGGAGCGUCAAGAUGAUGGAGGAGAGCCGGUUGGGAGCUUAACGCAGCAUGAUAGCGCAGAAGAGCCCGGCUCUCCUCCCUUGGCUUGUGAGCCCACAGGCAGCCUGCAGCAGGAGGAGCCCGCCAUGAUGAAGAGGAGUGACCACUACCUGCCGGUCCCUGGAGAGGAGAAGAACCUGGAUGGAGACUUUGCCAACGCUAACACCGGGGGCAACGUGUCAAUACCACUGAAAAAUCUUUAUGCAGACGAUGGCUCGCCCCUGCAUCCACGACUUGGCCCCUACUUCUCUGAUGGCAGACGGCGGGUGGAUUAUGUGCUGGCAUACCACAUCCAGAAGCCGAGCAGCAUCCGACGACGGUCGUUUGGAGACAACAACUUUGUCAGACGACUUCGACGCAGCCUGAGCAUGAGGAGUAGCAGAGCCCCGCUCCAGCCGAAGGAGGACCCCGAGAUCGCUGCCCAAGAGCACCGGACUGAUUAUCAUGAGGAUGACAAGCGCUUCAGGAGGGAGGAGUUUGAGGAAAACCUCCUGGAGAUGGGGCUGGAGCUGGAGAAGGAUGAGGAGAGUAAGAUCACUGGAAUUGGCUUCUUGAAGAUCCAUGCUCCUUGGAACGUUUUGUGUCGAGAGGCUGAGUUCAUGAAGCUAAAGAUGCCAACCAAGAAGGUCUACGAAGUGAAACAAGGCAGUAACGUGGUGGAGAAGAUCCGACUGUUCAUUCACAAAGUCACGGCUCCUCUUCAUCCUAAAGUUGAUGCCAACAGGCCUCAGAGUAUCAAACCACUGUCUCACCCUUUCUCCAGAGAGAAGCAGCAUCUAUUCGAUCUUUCUGACCGUGACAAAUUCUUCGACAGCAAGACCAGGAGCUCAAUAGUCUAUGAGGUACUCAAGAGGACGAGAUGCACCAGAGCAAAGUACUCCAUGGGGAUCACCAGCCUGCUUGCUAAUGGUGUCUAUACGUCCGCUUAUCCCCUGCAUGAUGGAGACAUCGAGGGAGUAAAUGCUGAGCCUAAUGACAGGAAGCUGCUGUACGAGGAGUGGGCCAGCUACAGCGUCUUCUACAAGUACCAGCCUAUUGGACUCAUCAGAAAGUAUUUUGGAGAGAAAGUUGGAUUAUAUUUCGCCUGGUUAGGAGUCUACACACAGAUGCUGAUCCCUGCUGCCAUUGUUGGAGUCAUUGUUUUUCUCUACGGCUGUGCCACUGUGGAUGAUAACAUACCCAGUAUGGAGAUCUGUGAUCCCAGGAAUAACAUCACCAUGUGUCCGUUGUGCGACCGAGCCUGCAGCUACUGGAAGCUGGUGACAGCAUGUGGUACAGCCAGAGCCAGCCACCUGUUCGAUAACCCAGCCACCGUCUUCUUCUCCAUCUUCAUGGCGCUCUGGGCGGUUCUCUUCAUGGAGCACUGGAAGCGACGACAGAUGAGACUCAACUAUAUCUGGGACCUGACGGGCUUCGGAGAGGAGGAAGAGGAGGAACAUAAGGACCACAACCGAGCUGAGUACGAGUUCAGAGUCAUGCAGAAGACGCUGAGACACGAACAUUCAACUCCAAAGGGGGAGAAGGUGAAGCUGACAUGUACGGACAGACUGCCAGCCUACCUGACCACAGUGGCCAUGAUGUGCUUCAUGAUCGCCGUGACGUUUGCCAUAGCUUUCGGAGUCAUCCUGUACCGCAUCAGCAUCAAGGCAGCGCUGCACAUGAGCAGCUACCCUGCAGCUCGCUCCAACAUCAGAGCCACCGUCAAAACCACCGCCGCCAUCAUCAACCUCAUCGUCAUCAUCAUCUUAGAUGAAAUCUAUGCCUCCAUCGCCCGCUGGCUCACCACACUGGAGGUUCCAAAAACAGACAAGAGUUUUGAAGAGCGCCUCAUCUUCAAGACUUUUAUUCUGAAGUUUGUCAAUGCCUUCACCCCCAUCGUAUAUCUGGCUUUUUUCAGGGGCAGACUCGUUGGACGUCCCGGGAACUACCUGUAUGUUGUUGGCUCAUACCGAAUGGAAGAGUGUGCCCACGCAGGCUGCCUCAUGGAGCUGUGCAUACAGUUAUGCAUCACCAUGCUGGGCAAGCAGCUCAUCCAGAACAACCUGUUUGAGAUCGGCAUACCGAAGCUGAAGAAACUGCUGCAGAGAAGGAAGUCAGAGUUGGACUCAAAGCAAGAGGAGGAACUGAACAAAACUCUGCAUCGCCACGAAAAGGACCACAUCCUGUGCCCGUUUAUCGGCCUCAGCCCCGAGUACAUGGAGAUGAUCAUCCAGUUUGGGAUGGUGACUCUCUUCGUGGCCUCCUUCCCUUUGGCACCGCUCUUCGCACUUCUGAAUAACAUCAUCGAGAUCCGACUGGAUGCAAAGAAGUUUGUGAUGGAGCUGCGAAGGCCAAUUGCAGCAAAAGCCAAAGACAUCGGUAUCUGGUACAACCUCCUGAGAGGCCUCAGCAAAGUAGCAGUCAUCGUUAAUGCCUUCGUCAUCGCCUUCACCUCAGACUUCAUCCCACGGCUGGUCUAUCAGUACACGUACAGCCCUGAUGGCAGCAUGCACGGCUUUGUCAACCACACCCUGUCCUACUUCAACGUCAGUGACUUUCAGCUAAACACAGACCCGCUGGAGCCCAUGCACCUGGGCUACAAGGUCGAAAUCUGCAGGUAUAAAGACUACAGAGAGCCUCCGUGGUCCAGCACGCCGUAUGAGCUCUCCAAGGAGUUUUGGGCUAUUUUGGCUGCUCGUCUCGCCUUUGUCAUCGUCUUUCAGAAUGUGGUGAUGCUCAUGAGUGACUUUGUGGAUUGGCUGAUCCCAGACAUCCCUAAGGACAUCAGCCUUCAGAUGCACAAGGAGAAGAUCCUCAUGGUGGAGCUCUUCAUGAAGGAGGAGCAGGGCAAAAGGCUGGCAGCCCGGGACAACCACAACCAGGACAACUACACCUCUCCGUCAUCAGCCAAUCAGAGCCCACCGCAGCCCCGCUCGCGGCCCAUAUCACACGUAAAUUCUUCUUCUUAAACGGCUUCUUGCUGGGCUCUAAAAGCAAGCACAAAUAGCAACAAGCAAACACGACACAUGUAUAGGAAGUGUAAAUAAGAGGACCAUCUGAAUAAAUAGGGCUGGUAAAGGUUUAGACCCUGAUCAAUAAGCACAUGAAGUUUUUACUGCUUUCAUGUGGCUUGGGAAUAUUUUCAGACAUGACUGACAGAAUCCAAACUUUGACACCUUCGUACUACCUUCACCAUAGAGACUGUCCGCCUCUUUUAAACUAUCUAAGACAGCAUAAUUCAGCAUUUUACAGCAUAAUUCAGCCAUUAGCCAAACUAUAGCACAUACUUCAACAGUACUGAAAAAAUCAAGAUGAUUAUUUAUUGGAUGUAUUUGAAAGGAACAAGCCAUUUGCUUUGUUUAACCAUGCUGAUGAGAUCUUUAUUCAGGAUGUCUGAGAAAGCAGUGCCAAACAUUCAUAGGAAUCAAGCAGUAGAUCAUACCUGCCACCUCUCCUAUGGGACAUUAAGCAGGACGUCAUCGGCCAAUCCGUCCUGCUGAGGAAAGAGUCUUUAAGGAAUAAGAGAUCCUCCCUCCUGCCAUCAAUAUGUCAAACUCAGAUAGACCUUUUUGGUUUUUGCACAAUUAUAAACAAAUGCAGGAAUACAUUGAUAUAUGUUUUGUUUAUGCAGCAUGGCCAGGCUUCAUUUUUGAGGUGAAAAUCACGUUUUGGGAGAGCUCCUGUUGAUCUGUAUGAUUCUCUUUAGGAGCUCAGUAUUUCUCGUUGUUACAUGUUGGUAUGAACAAACUGCCUGACAGCGCUCAGUGCCAUGACUCCUGGAAGCACAAGUCUCAUUUUUAUUUUCUCCAAUCAAACAGAAUUUUUUAAGCUGAAAUUGGUGAGACUGUAAAGCUAUGUCAUGCUCCAUAUCACCCUCCAGAGAAUCUAUAAAACUCAUCACAACUUGUCGUAUUAUGACUCAGCUUUGUACUGUUUGGCUUAUUCACCAUAUUUUGAGCUCCCAUGAUACUUUGUGUGAAAUGUGGGUUUGGCUUCUGGUCCCUUCUGUCAGACUGGGACUUUGUAAUGAGAUUAUUAUCCUGAUUAUUAGAGUGACUUGGAGAUUAUGUGAAUAUGAUCUGUUACACCUGAAACAGGAUAUUGAUUUUAUUCCUCUAAUGAAGACAAAGUACACCAGUAAACUGAGCUAACAUUAUUAGCCUCGUAUUGACAUAGUGUUUCAUGUGAACCUUAUAUACUUCAGAGAAGAUGUAGAGCCCAGUCAGAGAUUUUAAGGUUUUGUGAAAAUCUUAUUUCACCAACUAGUCCCUCUGUAAACGUGUGAACUUUAGUAUCCAUGAUUUACUCGGGCAGCUGUUCAGUUCUAUGAAUCUCUGAUUUCAUUUUAAGAAUUAAUUACUAAUAUUAAGUUGAUAUGAAAAUAAUCACAUCCCAUUUAGACAGUGAGCAGCAUGUUUAAAACACCACUGCUGUGAGAGACAUUUAUUUAACUUUCUGGUUAUCAGAACCAUGAACAGAGAAACAGGUACUCUCAGUUUAUAACAUUAGCUGGAUGUUUGUUUUUUUCAUAAAGCAGUACUUACUGAACUGGGGACUUAUUCCUUUCAAAACAACCGCUGACACGCAGAAGCACAUGACAUGUUGCCAUUGGGAAAAAUGUGUUUUUGCUUUUAUCAUUACUGUUACAGAAGAUCCACCCACAUUCACAGCUACAGCAGACCUCAGGAAUAAGAGGGAUAAAAUCAUUUUACUGAUACAGCAGUUUGAAAUCCAAGCUAGCUUGUUAGCUAAGCCAGUUAGCCACUGUAAGUGUGCAUUUUAAAUGUAUGUUGAAAUAUUUCCUGCACAGUGGUACACACAGCUUAAUGGGCUGAGGUGAGGCAGCAUUUAGCUUUUGUCUGCAUUUUUUAACUUGAUGUCUCUAGAGAGCUGCACCAAAGUGUUGCUCGAGGACCCAAAGGUGACAGCUUAUGAGCAAUGGACCACAUUAAUGUCACUGUUUACCUGCCUUAUGAUUUACCAGCUGAUCCAGGGAUUCUAAGCAUCACCUUUGUCCAUCUUGCAGUUUUCAUGUGAAGGGUGUCAAACCAGGAAAGGCAGCACAGUUUGAAUAUUCUUACAUUGCCUUAUAUUAACCGUAUAUAUCACCAGGCAUUCUCCUAACGCUGCCAUUCUGGGUCUGCUCUAGCACAAAGACUGCUUCAGACGCUGUUUUUUUAUCUGUGGAACUGCAAAAACACCUGUGGGAGUGACUGGAGCUCACUUUGAGGAAUGUAAAUGUUCUGUGGACUGAAGCGUGCGUGUCAAAUCCCACACCCUGCUGUAAAUAAACAUUAGACCAGCUCUGUUUUAUGCCCUCAACCCAGACUGAUGGAAUGUACUCUUACUUUUGUAUGUAUUUGUUUUUGAUUUGAUAAAGCAUUUCUAGGUGUAACUUUAGAGUAAUGGAAGGGUUUGACAUUCCCACAGGGGACCACUGAUCUGUCAGUAAAACUUUCUGACAGCUUAAAUGAUUUUGUAUGUACCAAGAUAAUUACUAUGGACCUAUUUAGCUGUCCUUAAGGAUGCCUAGGAAGCAUCUUUUUGAGUACAGCCAAUAAAACUUUUCAUCAGUGAACACUUUACUUCUUUUGGGGAUUUUUAAGCAAAAACUGCACAUUUUAUUUGUACCAAAUCUUAAUACUGUUACUGAUACUUGUGUUGGUAGGGUUAGUGUGGAUUUUCAGUGAUAGGUUACACGCUGCCGCAGGGACGCAGAGCCUGUUUUAGCUAGCCUCAGAAUCUCUUUUAACCUGAUGUCACACAUGAAGACGUCACUCAAUCGUUUUCAUGAGAUGUCCUGUUCCUGCUGUCUGAUUUCAUGUUCUACUUAAAGCAUCAAUAAAACACAAGUUGUGACAUGCUAACAUCUGUUCUAAUGUAUGUCAAAGCACAUUUCACAAUGUGUGUGUAUGCAUGUAUUAGCAAUAUGUCUGUCUGAUAUUUUGAGUCUAUUUUUGUUCAAACUAAGCAAAUAAAGACAUGAACGGCUCCAUGUUUAAAUAUUCAGUCGAAAA